AAGUUGUUGAGACAGCAGGUUUAAGGGAAAGCGAGAUGUCAGUUUCCAUGUCAGUGUUUGCUUUGCGUUAUGAAGGACAGGUUAGGGCUUUAACGAUUUUCCUCGUUAAGGCCUUCAGAAGGUAAUAUGAUCACGAUAUGACGACACUUAAAGUGUUGAACGUGACGUUAUGGUCGCAGAACGUGGAUCAGGACAACUGUACGUGAAGACAUCUUUCUGUAAACGCUUAUUCAACCAAAGGGCGCACUAGCGAUGAUUUCUACAAACGUAUUAUUCUUCGUGUUUGUAACUAUUGUUUUUAAUCGUGAUUUCGGAUCCUCCCACCCUAGCACAAACCAAAAAAACGCUGGAGGUUGUGUCGUGCAGCAGAUAUGCCACGACCGACCAUCCCCUCAAGAGUUUACUGAGCUUGUUAGUCUUGUAAAAGAAAUGGGAAAGAAAUUGGAUGUUAUGGAGGCUAAACUUGAUGCAGUUUGCAGCGGUGAAUGUCCAUCGAAGCGAGUUCCAAGGAAUUGUGCAGAGGUUUACAAAUCAGGAAACAAAACCAGUGGAGUUUACACCAUACGUCCUGAUGACGGUGACGCGUUUGAUGUUUACUGUGAUCACUCUACCAGUGGGGGAGGGUGGACGGUGUUUCAAAAGAGACUGAAUGGAGCAGUAGAUUUCUACCGCGGCUGGGAUAAUUAUAAGAAAGGAUUUGGACUCAUGGAUGGAGAGUUUUGGUUGGGUUUGGACAAAAUCCAUCGCCUGACAAAUCAAACUGUCAAUGAACUUCGUGUGGAUUUGGAAGAUUUUAACCUAGCCAAGGCUUAUGCAGGUUACGAUCUGUUCAAAGUGGAAAAUGAGAGCAAAAACUAUGAGCUCAACUUGGGAGCUUAUUCUGGUACAGCGGGUGAUUCAUUAUCCAAGGGUAACGGGAUGGCGUUCUCGACAAAGGACAGAGAUAAUGACGUUUGGGGAAAGGAUUGCGCUGGUGAGCACAGAGCUGCUUGGUGGUACAGAACGUGCCAUGACUCCAACUUGAAUGGAAUUUACUUUCAGGGGCAUUACACUGGCCGAGUUAACAACGCCUACGCUCAUGGGUGUGUGUGGAAAACAUGGCGGGGAUAUUACUACUCACUGAAGACGGUGACCAUGAAAAUAAGACCAACUUGCUUCUGACUUGUUGAACGGAAGUAAGAAUUGGAACAGUUUCAAAAUGCUGGUGAUUAAAGAGAUCACAUGUUAUCAUGCGACCUAAGCCUCGAGUAGCUAUUAAUCUCGGAAAUCGGAUCAUUCUAAGUAAUAUAGAGGAAACUAUUAAUAAUGAAAUAAAAGUAACAAUCCCCUUGAAA